CGUUCAUCUCUUAAUUUCGUGUAAAAGUGUUUCUGGUGAUACUAAAGCCAAUUGUGAAACAGCCCAGCCAAAGAAAUGGCCACCCAAAGCCUAGCUGCGGCGGCAGAGGCCCUGAUUCCCCGGUUUCAGUUCGAAAAGCUCCUCAACCAAGAUCAAGCCGGCCGCCGUAUCGUUCUCUACGGCAGCAUCGCCUCCAAACCCGCUAUCCUCCUCGCCGAGCGCGCCGCUUUCGCCUCAGACCUAGGCCAUCUCACAACCCUCGCCUCGUCUCUUGCCAACAUCACCAAUCUCGGCGCGAAUGACAUCUACAGCUGGUUCCUCGCCUCCUCGACUUCAUCCUCAAACUCAGAAGCCACGUCGCAACCCCCAGAUCUGAAAUUGAACCUCAUCUACCCAUGCACGGAGACGCACAUUAAGAAGUACUCCCAACAAGGCAUGCGCAUGGUGACAGAGACACCUGAGAUCUACGUCUCUCACGUACGGCCGUACAUGCAGCGGAAGCGGAAGGAAGGCAGGCUCAAUUGGGUGUUCAAUAUCAUUGAGGGACGAACGGAGCAAGAGCAGGUGAUUUACCGAGAGCAUGGCGAUGAAGGAUUUCUGCUUUUGCCAGAUCUAAAUUGGGAUCGCAAAACCAUAUCCAGUCUGCAUCUGCUCGCCCUUGUUGAGCGUCGUGAUAUUUGGUCUGUCCGCGACCUGAAGAAGAAGCAUGUCACGUGGGUCAACCAUAUGCGCGAGAAGCUGCUCGAUGUGACGGUGAAGCUUUAUCCCGAGCUCGAGAAGGAUCAGUUGAAGCUUUACGUGCACUAUCAACCUACUUACUACCACUUCCAUAUCCAUAUCGUCCAUGUUUCACUUGAAGCUGGUGGCACGCAGGCAACGGGAAAGGCACUCGGGCUUGAGAACAUCAUCGGCCAGCUGGAGACUCUGGGUGACGAAACGGGCGAGGCAGGGAUGGCGGAUGUGAGCUUGACGUAUCAUCUUGGGGAGGCAAGCGAGCUGUGGACAGAGAUAUACCAGCCGUUGAAGGAAGGCAAAAUGCCAAAAGCGUGGUAAGAGCUUAAGAUAUGACAGAACCGAAAUGGAUUAAGGUAUAGAGGAGCAUGAUAGAGAACAACCGAAAACCACCUCGCAUCAUCUCUAUGACGCUCUGUGAAGAGGAAUGAGGAAAGCGCAUUGAUUACCGAAACCACCACCGACCAGCCAUGCGCGCGCUACACUUCCUCAACAUUCUCUGUGAUACUGCUUGUCUCAUUACCGCUGUCACCGCCAUCUGCAGCCUCCCCUAGCUCCAUGUUUGGUGGUCCGUCACCAGUCGACUGCGAAUACACACUUC